GUCUUCGUUCGAAUUCAAUUUGUUUUGAUUCCAUUCGAUUCGAUUACGAUCGAAGUCAACCGUUCGACUAUCGAACGAUACGGUCGAGGCAAACUCCUACGCGCUGGCUAGUUUGCGCGUCCCACGAUAGAUCGCGCCAUGGAAUCCCCUGUUUUUCAAUCAAUUUUGUCACAAUUCGACGAGACAGAAGCAACGAUAACAAAACAGAGUAUUUAGUGCCAAGGAGAAAAUAUUUGUGUAUUUUAACCGAUCUAUACCGUUAUGUUUUUCGAAUAAGUUACAAAUAGUCGCGAGAGAGAGAACGCAUUGUUAGAACUGAGCAAAAAACGAGAAGUUGUGCCCGAUUUGGCGCCUAUGCUAUGGCACUCGUUUGGAACAACCGCGUCGUUGCUCCAGGAGAUAAUAAACAUUUAUCCGGCUAUCAAUCCGGCUACUUUAACCGCGUAUCAGAGCAACCGUGUAUGCAACGCGUUGGCGUUAUUACAAUGCGUUGCCAGUCAUCCAGAAACCAGAUCGGCGUUUCUACAGGCCCACGUUCCGCUGUUCCUCUAUCCAUUUCUACACACGGUCAGCAAAACGCGGCCGUUUGAAUAUCUAAGAUUAACCAGUUUGGGAGUGAUCGGUGCGUUGGUAAAAACCGACGAACAAGAAGUGAUCACCUUUCUACUCACCACCGAGAUUAUACCGCUAUGUUUGCGCAUCAUGGAGAGCGGUUCGGAGCUCAGCAAGACUGUUGCUACUUUUAUCUUGCAAAAGAUUCUGUUGGACGACAGCGGACUCUCGUACAUAUGUCAGACCUACGAUCGGUUCAGUCACGUUGCGAUGAUUUUGGGAAAAAUGGUCUUGUCCCUGGCCAAAGAUCCCUCGGCGAGGUUACUUAAGCACGUGGUCAGGUGCUAUCUGAGACUGUCGGACAAUCCUAGAGCUCUGCUGGCUCUCAGACAGUGUCUGCCCGAUCAACUGCGAGACAACACCUUCGCGACGUGCCUGCAGGAGGACGCGUCGACGAAGCACUGGUUGAAUCAGUUGUUGAAGAACCUAGAAACCGGCCCCCAGCCAGGUCCUCCGGCGCAACCGGGCCAACAGGACCCGAGAACCAUCGGCAUGUCGCCUCUCGCCUCUUAAGUCACGAUACUGGCCGGAUCGGACCAGAAUAAUGCACCACGCGCCAGGCAGGAGGUCUGGAACUGAACUGAAAGCGAAAUCUCGCAGAGAUCUAUAGAUCUCGGAAGCGUUGGAAGGUUGGAGCCUUUGGGAAACGGCAGGUCCACGUCCCCCUCGGUUGGGAUCAUCCCGCGCACGAUACGCGAAAGCGUUUCUGUACAUUUCUUACUGUUCCUUUUGCGUAAAGGUUGCGAAUUGAAAAUACAAAUAUACCUAUGUAUAUAUAUAUGUAUCUAUGCCCGUGUAUGUCUCUGUACGUAUACAUAUAUAAGUAUUUUAUUACA